UGCGGGAGAGUUUCGUUUUAUAUGCUUGCCCUUCCCCCGCCCCGCGGCCGCUAAGGGGCUCCCUCCUCUGCGCGCUCCCUUCCUCUGUUUCCGGGUUACGCGGCGCUGCUUCUCUCCUCCCUGCGCGCGCUCAGGGUUUCCUGGAUGUGAACUCCUCUCUGUCUCCAAUUAUCCAUAGGAUCCAACAGCACCAUGUCUGAGCUGAAGGACUGUCCCCUUCAGUUCCAUGAUUUUAAGUCUGUGGACCACCUAAAAGUGUGCCCCCGCUACACAGCUGUCCUGGCCCGUUCUGAAGAUGAUGGCAUAGGCAUUGAAGAACUCGACACCCUGCAGCUGGAGCUUGAAACACUGCUGUCUUCUGCCAGCCGCCGGCUUCGAGUGUUAGAGACUGAGACCCAGAUCCUAACAGAUUGGCAAGACAAGAAAGGGGACAGACGAUUUCUGAAGCUGGGCAAGGAGCACGAGUUGGGCACUCCUAUCAAACAUGGCAAACCCAAAAAACAAAAGCUGGAAGGGAAAGGAGGUCACAGCACAGGACAGGGCCCUGGUCGGCCCAAAUCCAAGAACUUGCAGCCUAAAAUCCAGGAAUAUGAAUUCCCAGAUGACCCCAUUGAUGUGCCCCGCAUUCCCAAAAAUGAUGCACCUAAUAGGUUCUGGGCUUCGGUGGAGCCAUAUUGUGCUGACCUCACCAAUGAGGAGGUGCGUACCUUAGAGGAGCUCCUCAAACCUCCUGAAGAUGAAGCAGAACACUACAAGAUCCCACCCUUGGGGAAGCAUUACUCCCAGCGCUGGGCCCAAGAAGACAUGCUGGAGGAGCAGAAGGAUGGGGCUCGGGCUGCUGUUACAGCUGAUAAGAAGAAAGGCAUCUUGGGGCCCCUGACGGAGCUGGACACUAAAGAUGUUGACGCUUUGCUGAAGAAGUCGGAGUCCCAGCAUGAACAGCCUGAGGAUGGCUGCCCCUUUGGACCUCUGACCCAGCGUCUCCUGCAGGCACUAGUAGAAGAGAACAUCAUCUCCCCUAUUGAAGAUUCACCUAUUCCUGAGAUAGCAGGCAAGGAUUCUGCAGCUGAUGGGGCCAGCACUUCCCCCCGCAGCCAGAAUAAGCCCUUCAGCGUCCCCCACACCAAGUCUCUUGAAGGCCGCAUCAAAGAAGAGCUGAUUGCUCAAGGCCUACUAGAGUCGGAGGACCGACCUACCGAAGACUCAGAGGAUGAAGUGCUGGCCGAACUGCGGAAGAGGCAGGCUGAACUCAAAGCCUUGAGUACACACAACCGAGCCAAGAAAGCUGAGCUGCUCAGGCUGGCCAAGGAGGAGUUGCACAGGCAAGAGCUGCGCCAGCGGGUACGCAUGGCAGACAACGAGGUCAUGGAUGCCUUCCGCAAGAUCAUGGCAGCACGCCAGAAGAAGCGUACCCCAACUAAGAAAGAGAAAGACCAGGCCUGGAAGAGCCUCAAGGAGCGCGAGAGCAUCCUGAAACUACUAGAUGGCUAAUGCCGGGGAGAUUUACUUGGCCAAGCACCUCUAUUUUGAAUGACAGUGUAGGCCCCAGCUUAAAGGGAGCUACCUGCUGGCAAGUGCAGACUGUAGCAGCUCCUUCCUGGUAUCCUCUGUAGUCAUAUUGUAGCCAGAGAUCCAGACAGGCUGAACUUCAGCUGCAUGCCACUUCAUGCGUGUGGCUUUUGAGCUUUGGUGCUGUGAGCUGGGGAGGCUUGAUCGCUAAAGGUGGCAGUCUCUUGUUUUGACAUCUGUAGAGGAUGGCGUGCUGUGACAUUGGAGAUGCAGGACAAAACGUACAUUGCUUAUGCAUCGCACUCCAGCUUCCAGGAUCCUGUCUGCAGCAUAUAAACUGUGGGGAUUGCUCUUGAGAGCUGGCUUGGAUUUUGUUUCCUCUUCUGUCCCUUUAUGCCAUGCUCUGUGUGAAUCUUUGGCAGCUACUGAGACACUGAAAUCUCAUAGGUGGGAGCCAAAAUGUCUCAGGCGCCUGAAUGGCAUACACUGGGGAACAAUUUGACACCCCAAACCACCUCACUGCGGCAUGUCUGCACCCUAAUCCACCAACCUCUGAGGUUAGAUCCAAGUUAAAAUGAACAGUGACUCUCAGAAAUGGGAAUACCUGCCCCUCUCCCCUAGAUGGUGUAAACAGGUGCCUGCAGUAUUCAUCUUUGAACAGCAGAGGGUGCCAUAUUCACUGUUCACCUAUGAAACACCAUCAGGGUCCAAACACUGUUGAGGGCAUGGAUUGCCGCACUGUGGGUGGAGGUGUUUCUGAGUCUGUGAGGCAGCCCCGAUGGCUUCUGUCUGUUUCCUGUCCUGCUCAGCCUCUUCUUGUGGUGGGUCAUGCGAUCCCCUCUUCCUUCCUUCCUGCACCUGUCUACAAAGUACAUAGGAAGGGGUUGGCCUUUGUGUGGGAACUGAGCAUGGGAGUGCCACUAGCUUGUUGAUGCAAAGGGCAAAUCUGAAGAGACCAUUCAGCAGUCCAGCUGCUGCAGGAGACCAGGGAAGAUGACGUUUGGCAUGUUGGCGGAAGAGGGGGUGGGCUGAGCGACCUUGACUGGACCCACGUCCAUCCCAGCCCCUUGCAAAUCAGACAUGGCAUUGCAGGGGCCAAGAAAGGAGGGGUGUGGCUGUUGGAGGUGGAAAGGCCCCUUCUGGUCUCUCUUAAUCUGUAUGCUCCCUGGCAUCGCUGCCUAGACCUGAGAAAAUAAGUGGGGAGGGAAGAAGGGAAACAUCAGGUUCCCACCACCACCACCAUGAAAAGAGAAGCAGACAAAAGAGAGAGCUUCUGAGCAGCCUGAGGGGCUUCCUGUAGGCUGUGGUGUGUGCGGGCUGAACCUACCCUCCAUCCUUCCAGCACCAACUAUCUAGCCAGGCUCAGAGAUUGUGGGAAGCACACAGGUUGGGCAAGGCCAGCUCUGCCACCGCUGCCUCUGUUGGGGUGCACUUGCCAGUAGCAGUCCAGGAGCCUGCUGGGAGCAAUUUGAGUUAGGCAGAGCGGGCAGGACUACCCACGUUUCACCGUCUUGCCUCUCGCUCCUUUUAUGGCAUUGCGAUGUCAGGCGAUUGACAGGUGGGAGGCCCUGGCCACCUGUCAAAAUGGCCUGGGGGUGGUCAUGGACCUGAGGAUCCAGCCCCUGCUUUAUGCCCAUUGACUGUUCCAGGCUGAAUGUGUCUACCCUUACUGUCAUCGUCGGUCAUUUCACAAUGCAGAACGAGGGACCCCAAUCACUGUCUGGCAUUAGAGCCACCAUAACACAAUUGCAACACUGCAGCAGGAGAGAUUCAAGCAAGGUGGUUGUCUUUCACCUGGACACUGUCCAUCUGCUGCGUCUGCAGUGUUCUUCCACCAACGUCACCUCUGUCUGAAAGUUUGGCAGCUGCUGGCUGUCUUACUGAAGCGUACAAUGUCUUGUUUUUAAAAUCUCCCUUGGGACCUGUUCUCUCCUUCCCUGCCCCCUUCAUAUACCAGCAACUUUCAAAGACUUCCUGCUGUGCCUGCCCUGAAGCGGUUUCAAGCCUCAUUGGUCUACAACAUGAGGUGACUAGGAACAGAUGGGAUUGGGGGAACGGGGAGAAGCUAGGAGGAAGAACUGGCAUUUGGGAAAGAGUCAAACGAGUUCUUCACAUGCUGUAGUCUAUGGUAGUUUAUGUCAACAUGGUGCCUGUCUAGAAUUCUUCCAGAGUGUCAAUAAACCCAUGACUACAGGAGCAACUGGUGGUGCUAGUGUGUGUGGAUUUUUUUUUUUUUUAAAAAACCUUUUAGAGGGUGUGACAGGUGGAUGGGUUGUGCAGUGAGUGUUACUUCUGACCAUGUGCAGAUGGCAUUUUCCUCACCACAGUCUGUCUCUGAUUGACUAGUAAUAUGAGACUAGGGAUUAUGGUGUCUGACUUCCCACCAAGCAGAUCUGAAGGCCUGUGCUUUCCUCCUGUUUCCCCCUAUAUUCCGUCAGCAGAAAAAGUGGGGGCAGAGAGAAGGGGAAAGAGUGCAGAAUAGGAUGUGUCUAGACAUGGAUGAAGCGGGAUUAGGCAUUAGUAGUACAGCCUGCCAUAGAUGAGAAUAUUAAUGUUCGUGUUAUCUGCAGUGUGUGGGAGAGGAGGGGGCAAUGUUCCGGAAACCACAUUCUGUGAUCAGGAGACCAUGAUAGGAAUGAGUUGUGGUAAUGGAGCAUUCCCCAAAUAUACUUAAUUUUGCAUGCUUGGUUUUUAGUUGCACCAUUAGUUUGGCACUGGAUUCUUUAUUUUUUGCACUUUGGGGGAAUGAUAUGAACAACUGAAAUGUAAUUGGAAGGAAAUUUGGGACCAGAGCAAGGCAGAGCAACCUGUGCAAUGUGAACACCUUCACAGCCUGCCUUCACAAAAUCCCACUCCGACCUAAUUAAUAGUCUGAAGUAUCCUGACAUAACCAUUCUUAGCCUCUGACCUUGAAA